CUAGCCAGCCGCCACGGGAUGGAGGGCUUCAUGGACUCAGGGACACAGACGGAUGCCGUGGUGGUGCUCUCCUUGGCUCAGGCCGCCGUGCUGGGCCUGGUCUCAGAAAAUGAGCUCUUUGGAGCCACCAUAAGCGCCGAAGCCUUCUACCCGGACCUGGGGCCGGAGCUGUCCGGGUCAGCCAUGGGGGAGCCCCGGGCCCCGGGCCCCGAUGUCUACCAGCUGGCCUGCAACGGGCGGGCCCUGGAGGAGCCGGCAGAGGAGGAGGUGCUGGAGGUGGAGGCAGCCUUCGAGAAGCACACCCGGCGGAAGACACGGCCGCCCGUGCGGCUGGUGCCCAAGGUCAAGUUUGAGAAGGUGGAAGAGGAAGAGGAUCAGGAGGUCUACGAGGUGUCCGUGCCCGGCGACGACAAGGAUGCGGGCCCAGCGGAGGCCCCCACCGAGGUGGCCAGUGGCGGCUGCGAGGCCCUGGUGCAGAGCAGCGCUGUCAAGAUGAUCGACCUCAGCGUCUUCAGCCGCAAGCCCCGGACACUGCGGCACCUGCCCCGAACCCCGCGGCCAGAGCUGGACAUAGCCCCCUUCGACCCCCACUUCCCCGACCCGGCCCGGGACGGCUUUCCCGAGCCCAGCAUGGCGCUGCCCGGGCCGGAGGCGCUGCCCACAGAGUGUGGCUUCGAGCCGCCACACCUGGCCCCCCUGAGCGACCCUGAGGCCCCCACCAUGGAGUCCCCGGAGCCCGUGAAGCCGGAACAGGGCUUCAUGUGGCAGGAGGCAGGCGAGUUUGAGGCCGACGCAGCCGGCUCGACGGUGGAACGCCACAAGAAGGCCCAGCUGGACCGGCUGGACAUCAACGUGCAGAUCGACGACUCAUACCUGGUGGAGGCAGGCGACCGUCAGAAGCGCUGGCAGUGCCGCAUGUGCGAGAAGUCCUACACAUCCAAGUACAACCUGGUGACGCACAUCCUGGGCCACAAUGGCAUCAAACCUCACUCAUGCCCGCACUGCAGCAAGCUCUUCAAGCAGCCCAGCCACUUGCAGACACACCUGCUGACGCACCAGGGCACCCGGCCGCACAAGUGCCAGGUGUGCCAGAAGGCCUUCACGCAGACCAGCCACCUCAAGCGCCACAUGCUGCUGCACUCGGAGGUCAAGCCCUAUAGCUGCCACUUCUGCGGCCGCGGCUUCGCCUACCCCAGCGAGCUCAAGGCCCAUGAGGUGAAGCACGAGAGCGGCCGCUGCCACGUCUGCGUCGAGUGCGGCCUGGACUUCUCCACCCUGACCCAGCUCAAGCGCCACCUGGCCUCGCAUCAGGGCCCCACCCUCUACCAGUGCCUCGAGUGUGACAAGUCCUUCCACUACCGCAGUCAGCUGCAGAACCACAUGCUCAAGCACCAGAACGUGCGGCCCUUCGUGUGCACCGAGUGCGGCAUGGAGUUCAGCCAGAUCCACCACCUCAAGCAACACUCGCUCACCCACAAGGGUGUGAAGGAGUUCAAGUGCGAGGUGUGUGGCCGGGAGUUCACCCUGCAGGCAAACAUGAAGCGGCACAUGCUGAUCCAUACGAGCGUUCGGCCCUACCAGUGCCACAUCUGCUUCAAGACCUUCGUGCAGAAGCAGACCCUCAAGACCCACAUGAUUGUACACUCGCCCGUGAAGCCAUUCAAAUGCAAGGUGUGCGGGAAGUCCUUCAACCGCAUGUACAACCUGCUGGGCCACAUGCACCUGCACGCGGGCAGCAAGCCCUUCAAGUGCCCCUACUGCUCCAGCAAGUUUAACCUCAAGGGCAACCUGAGCCGGCACAUGAAGGUCAAGCACGGCGUCAUGGACAUCGGCCUGGACAGCCAAGACCCCAUGAUGGAGCUGACAGGCACCGACCCCUCCGAGCUUGACAGCCAGCAGGAGAUCGAGGACUUCGAGGAGAACGCCUACGCCUACGCUGGUGUGGACAGCAGCGCCGAGGCCAGCGUCCUCACCGAACAGGCCAUGAAAGAGAUGGCCUACUACAACGUGCUAUAGCACAGGCCGGGCCACCCAGGACGGGGCAAGGAGGGCGUGGGGCGUGGGGGGAGACCCAUGUGCUGCAGGCUGCACCUCCUGCAGCUGAAAAACAAGCUACUGCCCCACUGUCCUGAGCCCUCCCUCCCACUCAGUCGUUUG